GUUAAUCAGUCACAACCAGAAACAGCCAGGAAUUACAUUGCAUUUGUGCAACUUCCAUCGAGUUUAUUGUAAACAGCCGCCAGACCAAGACAAUCAUACCCACGAGUGAGCUUGGCACCCGAUUCUGGAGUCUUUUACACUCGAAAACAGUGAAACCUCCGCCGUUUUUAGGAUUUAAUUCAAACUGCUUUGCAAGAGGUCCGACCCGAACAUUACCUUCCCAUCACCUGGGUAGGAGCGGUUGCAAUCUCUGUCUAUCCCACAGCUGAAAGCUUCAGAGGGAUGGAUCUGCUGAGGAGACCCCGGAUUUUUCAGUCUCGGUGCUGAGGAGAUCCAGUGAGGCUUGGUAUGUUUCAAAGCGGUUGUGCUGGGACUCCAACUGUUUUAUUCUUCUCUUCACACCACAGCAUCAUGCUGCUUGUCCCAUCUCUCCUGAUAAUAGCAAUACUUCGGACAACAGCACUAAACGAAACUGCUCUCACUUCCUUGGCACACAUGAGUAAUGGCAUUUCCUCAAUCCACAACCUGCCGUGUAUUUUUCAUGAUUACCGACAAAUGACCUGUACCUGGGAUAUUAGCAAGCAAGCACGAGCAGAUGCCCAGUACCGUUUGUCUUACGGGAUUUCAGGUGAACAAAUCGACGAGUACGGAACAAUCUUUUGUGAGAAUGGUUGGAGAAAUGUGACCUGCCAUGUUCAGGAUGUUGGUUUUGUGCUCUUCAACGAGGUGCAGAUUUGUAUCACUGAAUUAGGCCAAAAUUUCACGAAACCUUACUGCAUAGAGUUCACACCAGUCAUGUAUUAUAAGGUCAGUCCUCCAGUUAACAUUGUAGUCAAAGAAAAUGAAGUAAUAUGGGACGAACCAGAAGGUAAACAUCCUUCCUCAGAGUUUUAUUAUCAGAUACAAAUCACAGAUCAGAGUACCCACAUCACGAAGAUUGAAAAUGUAACGUUCAAAAAGUGGAACAUUGAAAAUCGAAAGAAAAGCUACUCUGUAAAAGUGAGAGCAAGAAUUAAUAAUCAUUUGGAAUUUUCUAUCUGGAGUGAUUGGACUGAAGCUGUCAUUGUUGAAGCAGAACCAAAAGAUUACCAAAUGCUGAUAAUGAUUGUACUAGUGAUUGCUUUCAUUGUUCUGGUGCUCCUGGUGACGUUCACUUGCAAGAAGUCAUUGGACAAACUAUGUCAACCAAUCCCUGAUCCGAAAAGGAAAUUUAAGGGUCUUUUUGACAACAACAAUGGCAAUUUUCAGGAAUGGAUUGAUGCCAAACAUUUGGUCACCAAAAUACCUGAGGAAUGCAUUACAGUUGCAGUGGAAGACUAGGUUUAUGCAUUGAAUUCCUACAGUGCAGAAAGAGGCCACUCAGCCCAUCAAGUUUGUACCAAGCCUCUGAAAAGUAUCCCACCCAGACCCCAUAUUUGCCACAGCUAAUCCAUCUAGCCUUACAUCGCUAGAUACUACGCCUAACCUAAACAUCUUUGGACUGUGGGAGGAAACCAGAGCACCCUCCAGAAACAGGGAGAAUGUGCAAACUCCACACAGGCAGUCACCCAAGGCUGGAAUCUAACACAGGUCCCUAGUGCAAUGAGGAAGCAGUGCUAACCAGUGAAUCACCAUGCCACCCUGCUUUGAACUGGUCAAACAAUUUUAGAACAACGUCUUCCCGGUCAUUAUUAGACUGAUGAGUAGACUCUAGCCUCAAAUAAUGCUGAUCGUGCUUAAGUUGAUCUCACCUAGCACACCACUGUGCAAUGUAACCUGUAUGCCUCUGUCCAGGUCUCUAUGAUCUGUAAUCCUUGUUUACUAUGAUCUGCCCAUACUGCUCAUAAACAAAGUUCUUCACUGUACUUCGGUACAAGUGGCAAUAAAUCAAUCAAUCAUUCAACUGAACAGUUAAUCCCAAUCAGAAUACAGCAGCAGAAAAGCUGUUCUAUAACAAGACAAUCCAUUGAAUGUACUUUCUCUGAUUAAUAACUCAGAAGCUGAAUUUUUUUUUUCUUUAGGAUACAUGAGCUUUCACUUAAUAUAUGUCAGCUAAGUUCAAUGCUGCUGUGCUGGUUGAAGAGUCAUACAGCAUAUAGACAGACCUUUCAAUUCAACCAGUCCAUGCCGAAUAUAAUCCUAAAUUAAACUAGUUGGCUCCCUUUUCCGGCCCCAUAUCCAUCCAAACUUUUCCUGUUCAUGUGUUUAUCCAAAAGUUUUUUACACAUUGCAAUUGUACCCACAUCCAUCACUUGCUCAUUUCACACGCGGGCCACCUUUGAUGUAAAAAAAAAUGCCCCUCUUGUCUUUUUUAAUCCUCUCUCCUCUCAUCUUAAAAAUGUGCCCCCUGGUCUUGAAAUCCCCCAUGCUAGGAAAAAGACAACUACCAUUAACCUGAUCUAUACCUCUCAUUAUGGAGCAGAGAUGUGUUGAGGCAUCAGACCUAAAUAUAUAAAUGUUUCUCCUGGCUCAGUAACACUAUUCUGAGUGAGAAGAUUGUGGGUUUAAUUCCCUCCCCAAAACGUGAACACAAGAACUCAGACUGACUCAGCUGUUAAAAUAAAUCUUCAUGGAGAGAUGUGAAAGAUUCUAUCGUGCAUUUUUUAAAAAGCAGGGCAGUUCCUACAAGGACAGGAUCGUAAAUGAAGACUUUUCAAUGCCUCAGAAAUGUAAGGAAGCAAUCAGUUGAUGAAUAUUCCCAUAUUUUUCUCUCUGAACUAGCAUAGGUAAUGUGAGUAAAUUGGUUUAAAUUAAGAGGUGGAAAUUAAAAGGAUGCCUGAAAAAAAAUUGCAUUAAUAAUGACCAUUGUACAGCUUCACUGGAGUGCAGACUUUUCCUGAGAGCAUAGGAUUUUGGUGACUGUGGGAGCUCAGUGAUGUGAGGGUAAGAGAGCAAGCUUGAUAAAUACACAAGAUAAAAACAGAUAGGCUUAAACUAGUAUUUCAGGCUAAGCUACAGACAUAGAGCAAGUAACAAAAUGUACUAAAUUAAACAAUGUUUUUACCUAUAUUAAAAGCUAUGAAUAGUUAAUUCAGUGAUAUUUCAAAACUUUGAAAAAAUUAUAAUGUGUUUCUUAAGAAGAGAAAUGACAAGGAAAGUGAAUUACUGCAGCCGCAGUUCCCAGAAACUAAUGGGUAUCUGGGAAUCCACAACAACUAUAAUUGCAGUUAAAUGCUAACAGCUUGAGAAACUCUGCAUCAGAGUUGAGCUGAAGUCUGAGAGUUGAACUGAAAGCCACAAAUGCUGGAGAUCACAGCAGUCAGUCAGCAUUGAUGGAGAGAGAGCCAGCCAACAUUUUGAAUCUAAAUGACUCUCCACCAGAGCUAAUUUGAAGAAUCACCUAGACUCAAAACAUUUGCUUGCUGUCUGUCCGUGGAUGCUGCCUGACCGGAUGUGAUCUGCAGCAUUUGUUGUUUUCGGUACAGAAUCCACGACCUGCAGCAAUUUGCUCCGGCCUGAGUUUUGAACGCUGUAGUGCCUCAGGGAAAAUGAAGCUAAGCUGUGAUGCCUUGCUACACAGACCAGUCACAGCCCUUCGGUUAAAUAUCUCAGAUCUAGGCCCUGAUCAGGGAUGGGAAUGUGUGUUGGAAAAUCUAUGGGAGACAAUUCACUACUAAAUAGCAGGGUGGAUAAUGAGGAAGCAAUAAAUGUAAUGUAUCUGGAUUUUCAAAAGGCAUCAGAUAAGGUGUCACAUUAGAGUUUACUGCAUAAAAUAAGAAUUUAUGGAUUGGGAUGAUAAAUUAACAGAAAUAGAGGAUUAACUGCCUCAUGGGAAACAGGAUGUCAGGAUAAAUGAAUGGUUUUGAGGUUGAUAAACACCCCUUGGGUGCCACGGUGAUUAAUGCCACUCUCUCAACUAUUUAAAACCAAUUAGAAAUAUAACUAAAUUGAAUGAAGGGACCACUUGUGUUGUUGCUCCAUUUACUGAUGAUACAAAGAUAAAUCAAAGUAAGUUGUGAAAAGGACAACAAGAGGGAUAAAGAUAGGUAAUGUGAGUGGGAAAACAUUGGCAGGUGGGUAAUGUGAGUAAAUAUAAGGGCUGUUCAUUUUUCCAGAAAGUGUAGAAAAGCAAGACAACAUUUCAAUGAAUAGAAAGAACAGAAUAUUGCAGUUUAAGGUUUUAUCAAAGAACUGUAGUUCGGGUUGUGGGUGAGGUUGUUGACUUGCUCACCGAGCUGGCUUGUUUUCUUUCAGAUGUUUCGACACCAUGCUAGGUAACAACAUCAGUGAGGCCUCUGAUUUGUUCAUAUUAUUCUACUCCUCUUGGAACUUAUACUGUCUAGUCCGUUAUGGUGAGUUGUGUUAUUUCCGAUUUUGUCCUGUAUGGAAUUGUAUAUGGGUUCCAAUUUUAUAUGU